AUUGAUUUAAAAUUUCAAACAAUCAUGAAUAAUAAAGCCAGGGCAUAUAAGGGAUACCAAAGAUUGAGCAGCCAGAAGAAGGCCAAGAGGAUCUCAAAAGUAGUGGCCACUGCCAGAAUGAGAAAUCCCGAAAAAGUAGGUGGAACCAGCAGCAAAUAAGUUUCAUUAUUUCGAUAAGAAGAACUCCUUAGGCUCAAACAUUCCUGUAACUAUGAGAAAGAAAGAUGCUGUUGAUAUUUCGAACCGAAACACAGUUAGCUUAUUAUCGCAAGGAAAAGAAUUACCUACUGAAAUAAUGACUCCGAAAAAUGAUUUCCUUAAUUCCAAAUCUAAAGUCAGUUUACUGGGCCAUUACACUUCAUCAGCAACUAUGGCAAAGAGUAAGAAGGCAAGAUGCAAGCUUCAUCAGACUAAGGAAAUUUUCUUCCCUGUGAAAAGUGGAGGGAGCAUGUAUCCUCUCAAUAUCAGCAACCACAGUCUCAAUGGAGGGAAUUCUAAAGGACAAACAAUGGACUUAAAAUCAAUGGCCCAAAUGAACCUAACGGCAAAAUUGAAUAAGCUACAACAUUCUUCAACAACUAAAUGCCUAAAUGAUUCUAUUGGGAGUAAAAUGAAGAACUGCCUAAAGAAUAGGAAUUCGAACCAGAGCUCAGAGAAGAACAUAUUCGGGCAGAAAUAGAAAGUCUCAAGUAAAUGUGAUGGUUCAGAAGGCAAGCCCUGAAAAUCAUCAAAUGCUGUAUCUGUAUAAGAACAAAAAGAAUGAAAUCGCUAGGUUGCACAAGAAGCUAAAGAAGGCAAGCAAGAACGCUAAGGUUAUUAAAUCUACAAUUAAAUAACUCUAAAAUUGAGAGAAAUAUUGGCUCCUCAGAGUGCUCUUAUAGUCCAGAGAAUCUUGCCCAGACUGGGUAUAAUUGUCAACAUGAGAGGGAGAUCAAUAAGCACAUGCCUUAUGAAAGCUUUAUCGCUUGUGCUAAUGGAAAGAAAAUUGAUGAAGAUGCCUACAGAAAAUCUUCAAAGAAAAUGAAGAUCAAUAAAUUUUACAAAAAAACGAAGAAAGAUCGGUCUGACUGUAAGAAAGUCAGAAAAACUGCAAAUACUUCUUAUACAAAAGCAGUGCCUAUCUUCUCGUCAAGGCUAAUGACGAAGGAAUCUAAGGAACAUAAAUCAAGUAACUCAAGUAACAGGAAAUCAAACACUGAGAUUCGGCAUAAGGAAAGACUUUGGGAGAAUACUGCUAGGAAUAUUUCUCCCUCAGGCUUGCAAAAGAUAGAAUUUAAUAUAAGCGAUGCAUCAUAUGGUCAUCAAGUAUUUGGAAAUAAUAGAGAUCUUCCUAAAGGAAUGAAGUGCCUCAAGAAGGUCAAUUCUGAGGUCAGACAAUAUAAAAACAGAUACAAUGAUGAUUCCCCAGAUAAGGAAGAGCCCAUGAUGGACUCCUUUGAUGAAGACUUGAAUUCUGAUCUUGAUGAAGCCAAACUCAGUUAUGUCAGAAGUGACGAUAGCCCAGAAGAUUACACUGGAUCAGGAAUUAAAAAUAAAACCCAAAAUUAUUAUAACGGCAAACAGUUUUCAGGGAAGAAGUCUGAAAUAUAUGAAGCGUAUAAUAAAUAAAGAGUCAGGCUCUACAUCAAAAGUGAAUAGCUCCAGCAAGAAUUUCUUGAACUUAGCAGAUGGCUUAAAAUAUUCGUUAAUCUCACACAAUAAAAAUGCAAAAGCUUCGAUGUUCCCAAUUACAAACAAUGAAAGUUCAGAGUUGAGAAAGACAACCAAGAGAGCGAAAAUUGCUAGAUAUCCAGAUUUUCACAAAAGUGAUGAAGAAACACAGCAUUUCAAUCAUGAAGACAAGAUAGAGGAGUUGCUAAAUUUUCAUCCUGAAAGAGAAGAUUCUGAUCCUGAGAAAGAGAUCCAUCUUACUCAGGAUGAGAAAGAGGUUGAAAUGCUUAAUCAGCAUGAAGAUGAGCCUAAUCCCUUUGAAAAUAAGAAAAGUAAUAGGUAUAAUGUUCAAGACUCAGUAGAAUCCCGAUUAAAUAUAAUAGAUCAGCUUUCGUUUACUAAUCAAGAUGGAGCAUCUAAUAUGUUUCUUACCAUUACAGACAGAAAUGAGGAUGAGAAGGCUAAGAAUACUCUACCUGAUGAUCCAAUCAAUGGCCCUAUUGACACUGUUUUCUACAAUGACACAUCCAUAGGUAAUCCUCUAGAGCACUUAACAAGCGAGAAUGAUGAGCUAUCCAAGAUGGCUAGCAGUGAAAAGUAUAGAGUCAAAGCUAAACGAUCAGAGACUUGUCCUAAUAUGGUUCAGAUUGCAAAACGGAUGAAUGAAAAUCCUACAAAUAAAGAAAAUGCGUACAAAGAUUUCUGAAAUUCAGAGUCUAAAGGAACUGGUAAGAAGACCAGCAGAGCAAAGAUAUGCGAUGAUAAAAGUUCUAUCGUCAAUUUCGAUACUAGUUUCGUCUGCGCUAAAGUUGAUAAAAGUGAUUCAGGAACAAUAGUAAAUACAGAAGAUCCGAUGUACCAAGCAGUACUGGCCUGAGUCCAAUCGAAAGCCUUUGAGUCUCUAUCGGCGAGCAUGAAGGCAAAGGAGAUCUGUAAGACAAUAACAGGUUUAACGGAUCCCAUUAAAAAUAAUUUGAUUUAAACACAUCUCAAUUGUGUUAA